CGGUGUGAGAUGAACAUCCAUGAAGAUUAAUAGUCCUCACAACAUACACAAUUCCCCGUAUAAAAGCUCCUCAAAACCCUAGACUCAUUUUUCGUUUUCCUGAACUUCCCCGAGCAGCAGCGGCGUGCAGAGGUCCACCACUCUCGAGCAACAAUGGGGAUCGAUCUGAAAGCAGGAGGUAAGAGCAAGAAGACCAAGCGUACAGCCCCCAAAUCCGAUGAUAUCUACCUCAAGCUCCUCGUCAAGCUAUACCGAUUUCUGGUAAGGAGAACCGGUAGUAAGUUCAACGCGGUGAUCUUAAAGAGGCUGUUCAUGAGCAAGGUGAACAAGUCCCCUCUUUCCUUGUCUCGGCUCAUCACCUUCAUGAAGGGAAAGGAGAGUAAGAUCGCAGUGGUUGUGGGGACAGUGACAAAUGAUAUUAGGGUCUAUGAGGUUCCAGCAUUGAAGGUUACCGCUUUGAGGUUCACAGAGACUGCAAGAGCAAGGAUUGAGAAAGCUGGGGGAGAGUGCCUGACAUUUGACCAGAUUGCUUUGAGAGCUCCUUUGGGACAGAACACGGUUCUCCUAAGAGGUCCAAAGAAUGCUCGUGAAGCUGUGAAACACUUUGGCCCAGCUCCUGGUGUGCCACACAGCCAUACCAAACCAUAUGUGCGAUCAAAGGGAAGGAAGUUUGAGAGAGCUAGAGGGAGGAGGAACAGCAGGGGAUUUAGGGUUUGAGUUGUUUGUAGUUCAAAAUUGUGAGGCAAUUGUUUUAUUUCAGACUAUUUUAUCCCAAAUUUUUGUUCGAAUGUAGGUUCCUCUGGAACUUGUUUAUGUUAUUUCUACUUUGGGUUAUCAAUUAUAAGUGAAUUUGUUU